AUGGCAAUAAUUGAGAAUCCUUCUGGUUCUUUUGUUUCAGUCACUCCAGCACGUUUUGAGUUCGGUAGACCUCCAAUACGCGAAAUUGGAGGAGGCAUUUUAAUUAAGCCUAGAGGGACUUUUAUAGACUCUACAAUUGUUGCUAAUUUUGCUGUUGAUGAAUCGUUUUUUGGAAUUGGAUGUUCAAUUCCUUCCUUUGGUGGAAUUUCACCACCAAUGGACUAUCUGGAUAAUAAUUUAAAUCAAUUUAUUCCUCCAUUUAGUUCAUUACCUCCACAAACAUAUUCUCCUUAUUUUCCUCAAUCUACAAAUUAUUUUCAAAAUUAUAACAAUAAUCCACUAAAUAAUUAUCAAAAUUAUCCAUUUUCUAACCAAUUUGACCAAAAAUUAAGACAACAACAGCAAUUAUCUUAUUUAAAUAAAGAUUUAAUAUUUAAUAACUGUCCUCCAACAUUUAAUGAACAAUCUUUACAAUUUUCUUCUUCAUUAUAUCCUCAAUAUGACAAUAAUCCAUAUUUUAGUAGAAUACCUUUAUCCUUUGCAGAAAGAGUUAAGAGAAUAAAGAAACGAGGAAAACAAAAACAAAUAAAAUCAUUAGAAAAUCAAAAAACAACAAAUCCAAAUAUUUUAUCAUUAAUUAAUCUAAAUAAUACAUUAUUAUCAUUAAAAGAACAUUCAUUUAAAUUUAAACGUCAAAUAUCUAAGCCCAUUGUUUCGCCUUUUAAUCAACAACAAAAUAAUAAUAAUAUUAAAAUUUCCUCUUUAAAAGGAACAGCAUAUGAGGGACAAGACAAUAUUUAUCCGAGAAUUGAAAAUACAAUACCUGUAGCUAAUCCACAAUACGAAGCAUUAGAAAAUUGGAAAACUAAACAAGGAAAACAUCAAGAAAAUUGGCAUCCAAUAGAGCAGGGAGGUGUUAACAAAUCACAAAUGUAUUGGCCUUGGAGAACAAAAAUAGGUCAACAAGAUGUUAUGGCAGGGGAUUUUAAUGAAAAUAAAGAGGAAAAACAAUUUGAACAAUUUAAAGGAAAAGAUGUUGGAUUGUCUCAAACAAAGAAAUUAAAUUUUUUUGAUCCUAAAAAGUGUGAUGGAGGAAUUGAUCCAUAUUGGUGUAAAGAUUAUAUAAAACAAUUUAUGUUAGGAAUUGAAGGAGGAAAUAAAAAUAAAUCCCCCUGUCCAGCACUUUUAGAAUCUCUCAAAAAUAGUGAUCAUCGAUGUUGUAAUGCUUUACAGCAAUUAGGUUGUUAA